AUGUUUAUGCCCAAAGCUCAUCGAGUCGCCAUCUACGAGUACCUUUUCAAAGAAGGGGUACUAGUGGCCCAGAAGGACUUUUACGCGCCGAAGCACCCUGAACUGGAGACAAUCCCCAAUCUGCACGUCAUUAAGACGAUGCAGUCGCUGAAGUCGAAGAACUACGUAAAGGAGCAGUUCGCCUGGCGCCACUACUACUGGUACCUGACCAACGAAGGCAUCGAGUAUCUGCGCGCCUAUCUGCAUCUGCCGUCCGAAAUCGUUCCAUCGACGCUCAAGCGUGCCGCACGCUCAGAGCCGCAGCGGGCCCGGCCACAGUCGGGACCGCGUCCGGAUGGUCCGAAGUCUGGCGAAGACCGACAGGCCUACCGCAGAACACAGCAGACAGGUCCCGCGGACAAGAAGGGGGACGUCGGUGCCGGAACGGGUGACCUAGAAUUCCGUGGUGGGUUUGGUCGUGGAAAUCGCAUGUAAGCUUGUUUCUGAAUUUGGCCGUGAAAAAAUCGCAAGAAC